AGACUGGGCUACGCUGCACAGGGUUAUGUCAGCUUCGAAGUCGGGAAGACUUGCUCAUUUUGUUACUUGCUAUUUGCUGAAAUGAAUCCGGAGAGAAGACGGUGACUUGUAGAAAUACAAAGGCAGCUUGCUGAAACUUGAAGGAACAGAAUAAUAUUCGUUUGUGAAACUCAGUUUGGAAACAUAUGCGACACACCCCUGCAACUAUAAAUCUUUAAAUCGAGCAUCAGAAUGGCUUUCAGUUGGUGAAAGGGAAGUUUUGAAUUAACGCUUACAGCAUUUUUACUGGGAGGCUCCUAUUGGGAGAAGUGGCAGUUUUGACCAGAUCACCCUGAACGGUUUGUCUCUCGUUUCUUUUUCUCCUCACAUGUUUGGAAAGGCGAUGCUAACGAAGUGUACGCGACAGUGGCAUGACCUGGACAACACCGAGUAUGAUUGCUGGCCUUCGGAGAACCCGCACGAGUACAACAUGAUAGACUGCGGGGGUCUAGAAAUGGCUUGGGUGCAGAGACCUUCAGAGAAGGUGCUCAGUGGCACAGAAUUCAACGUGACCUAUGCAGUAACGGUGUCAGAUCAAUUUUAUCACUGGGCAGUGGCGAACAGCAUCCUCUCUCAUGCCAAUCCAACUGAAGCUAAAGCUUUCUGUGAAGAUAUGGAGUGCCCCUCAGACUGGAAGAAUGCAAAUGAAGACAACUGCUGCGUGCAUCAUGCCAACAUCCACUCCUGCCCACUCGCUUUUAUGGUGAAAGGGGGGAUUUGUGGACCGUGGAUCCCUGAUGAUGGCCAGAUAGUUACCCACACAAUAUCUACAGCAGGAAAAAUCAGUCAAAUAAAUUGGACUGCCAAGGUGGUCCUUGUCCAUCUCGGUGUAACCUCCUUAAUAGCUCAUGUAAAGGUGGGUCGAAUGCAAGCUGCAUUGGAAGCUAAAACCACCGUGUUACCUGCAAGAGUGUGUGGAGAUGAUAACUGUGAUGAAGAUGAAACGUGCUCCACUUGUCCGGCAGAUUGCGGUGACUGCACUGCAACCAUCAAAAUUGCCAUCAGUUUCCCCAUCUCACUGGCAUGCGCUGGCUUCAUCCUUACCAUGGUGUGGUUUCAGUACCAGAAGCAGAAGAUGUUGUGGGAUGAAAGUUGGAUAAUUGACUUCAAUCAAAUUAAGCAAGAUCAUACCAUGAUGGGUAGCAUGGUCAGUGUUCCAAAUGGAGCCAGUGAUUCCAAUGCCAGCUGUAUGACCACAGUGAGCUCUUGUACUGGAGCUCUCAAUGCAUCCAGGAAACAGCAUUUUACCCAGACGGGCAUAUUUGAUGGCCGAACUGUUGCCAUUAAGAAAAUUAAGAAAAGAACUUUUGCCCUUUCGAAAGCCAUUCGCAAAGAAGUGAAAUUCAUCCGUGAACUUGACCAUCCAAACCUCUGCAAGUUUAUUGGAGGUUGUAUUGAAGUUCCAAAUGUGGCAAUAAUAACAGAGUAUUGCCCGAAAGGCAGCUUGAAUGAUGUCCUCCUCAAUGAAGACAUCCCAUUAAACUGGGGUUUCAGAUUUUCCUUUGCCACGGAUAUCGCCAGAGGGAUGGCUUACCUUCACCAGCAUAAAAUUUACCACGGCAGCUUAAAAUCCACCAAUACAAUGAUUGAUGACCGUUGGGUUUGCAAACUUACAGAUUUCUGCUUGCCAACUUACAGGAAGGAGGACUUUGCAGAACCCCUUACAGUAUACCGACAGAGGUUACUUCAAGUGUACUUACCCCCUGAGGCCCAGAUGAUGCCAAACUUCGAGCCCAACCUGACUACAGAUGUGUACAGCUAUGGCAUCAUUCUACUAGAAAUUGCAACCAGAAGCGACCUUGUGCCGAAGGAAGAUGGAAAUUCUACUGAAUGUGGCCAAUGCCCACCUCUACCUGAAUUAAUAAGUGGAAAAUCGGAAAAUGCCUGUCCUUGCCCCGCUGAAUAUGUCAUGCUGAUAAGGAAAUGCCAGGUGAAGAAUCCAACCAAUCGACCCACGUUUGAACAAAUAAAGAAAUACCUGCACAAAAUUAACCCCAAUAAAGUCAGCCCUGUGGACAUGAUGAUGACCCUGAUGGAGAAAUACAGCAAACACCUGGAAACUCUGGUAGCUGAAAGGACACAAGACCUGGUUCAUGAGAAACAGAAAACAGAUCGUCUGCUUUACAGUAUGUUGCCAAAACAAGUGGCUGAUGACCUAAGGCAGGGAAUCACAACUCAAGCUCAAAACUAUGCUAGCGCAACAAUAUUCUUCAGUGAUAUUGAAGGCUUUACACAGUUGUCCAGUACGAGUACACCAUAUCAAGUUGUAGAAUUGUUAAACAAGUUAUACACAACCUUCGAUGAAAUUAUAGACAAUUAUGAUGUCUACAAAGUAGAAACUAUAGGAGAUGCAUAUAUGGUAGUCUCAGGCGUGCCAAAAGAAAACGGCAUUGCUCAUGCCAGUGAGAUAGCAAGCAUGGCCCUGGAUUUGGUUGCUGUAUGUAACACUUUCAAAAUUCCACACAAGCCACAGACAAAACUCAAGAUUCGAGCUGGAAUCCACUCAGGGCCUGUGGUUGCCGGAGUGGUUGGAACAAAGAUGCCUCGUUACUGCUUAUUUGGUGACACCGUAAACACUGCUUCAAGGAUGGAGUCAACAAGUCAAGCUCUGAAGAUACAGUGCAGUUCCAGCACAAACAUGCUACUGGAGCAAUUUGGAGGAUAUGUCUUAGUAUGUCGUGGCACUUUGCAAAUAAAAAUUCACCUAGUUCUAUUGAAGGUUCAUGAGGACUCGAAAUGUCAACUCUUCUUCUCCGCCGAUGCUGCCAGACCUGCUGAGUUUUUCCAGGGAAAGGGCGACAUGGUGACUUACUGGCUUGAAGGAAAGCAAAGUUCGGCAUCAAGCACAUCAGUGAACACACCACCAAACCCAGAAAACAUCAACCCUGUACCAGAGUCAGAGAAAGAAACAUAUAGCGUCAUUCCUGGAGUGUUGAGCAACGAUCUUCAAUCUAAUUCCUGUUAGCCCACAAAUCUAUCAUUUAAGAUCAGCAAGUAGAAGCCAUUUGACAUUUUCAGCAUUUCAAGUGUUGCAUUGGCUCAGGCGGGGAUGGGGAGGAACAAUUCAAAAUGUCAAAACAAAGAUUGAUCAGCUUCUGUUAGGCAAGGGGUUUUAAGGGUUACAGAACCAAGGCAAGUAAAUGGAGUUAAGUUAACCAUGAUCCAAUUGAAUGGUGGAACAGGCUCGAGGGGCUGAAUGGCCUCCUCCUGUUUCUAUGUUCCUAUGCCUCCCCCGCAGCAUUUCCAGAUCAAUAGAAGCCCCAUUGAAAAGGGAUCUGUUGGUUAGGGGAAUCAAGAAGUUGUGACUUAUUAUCUAGGAUUGUGUCCUAUGUUGGGUUCCAUAUACAUUCUAAAGCAUCUCUAAACAUUUUUGAAAGUUUUGUGACUGCCUCACCAUUCUUGACCACAUUGUUAUUACAUCCUAUUCUUAUGCUCAAAAUCCCAUAUGUCAACAUGUCACAAUGGAAAAAUCCCUAUGUCAACAUUUUACUAUCACACUUUGUUGAUGAACCAAUUGAAUCACUCCAAAAACAUUUGGUGAAAGAAGCAUCUGCCUUUUUAACUCAGUAACUGACAUUUCUAAUGUGCCAAAUAAGGCUUUAAACAAAAAUUAAUAAAUUUGAAAAACUACAAA